CGUGGCUGGCCAGCCUCCCUGGGGCUCCUGCCAGCUCCCCGGCUGUCCCGCCCUGAGCGCAGGCAGCCUGGCAACCAGCAGGCCAUUGCUAUAGAGACAGAAGGCUCAGCGGCGGUGCUGGUGGGGCCAACAACACAACAGCCGCCCAGCCUGGAAACCGGAGGGAGCAGCAGAGACGCAGCCUGCCCAGAUCGUCUUGGGUGCAGAACGAAAAAGGACCUCAGCAUGGAGACGGGUUCCAGCGCCAUCGCGAAGCUCAGGGCGAAGUGCCUGCAGAGAGGCGCUUCGGGCAUUAAGGGGCUGGCCAGGUUUUUCCGCAUCAUGGACGACGACAAGAGCAAGUCCUUGGACCUGGAGGAAUUCCUGGGGGGCCUGCGGGAUGCUGGGGUCCCUCUGGAGCGGGGCGAAGCCGAGGAGAUUUUCCGCCUCUGUGACAAAAACAAAAGCAGCACCUUAGACUUCGACGAGUUCCUGGAAGCCUUGAGGCCCCCCAUGUCUAAAGCCAGGAAGGAGAUCAUCGGAGCCGCUUUCCAGAAACUGGACCGGACUGGGGACGGGUUGGUGACCGUCGAGGACCUCCGGGGCGUCUACAACUGCCAGUCUCACCCCAAGUUCCGGAGCGGGGAGUGGACGGAGGAGCAGGUGUUCCGCACCUUCCUGGACAGCUUUGACUCCCCUGAGGACAAGGACGGGGAGGUCACGGCUGAGGAGUUCCUGAACUACUACAGUGGAGUCAGCGCCUCCAUCGACAGCGACGAAUACUUCGUGGACAUGGUGAAGAGGGCCUGGAAGCUGUAGGGGUCUAGGUGUGGGGCCAGCUGCCUCCCCCCACCAGCCGCUUGCUCCGAAUGGCAGGAAAGAGGCCAGUAGCAGCAGCGCCUCCCGCUCCGAGGCCCACAGAGGAGGGACCCCCCUCUUCAAAAGCACAUAUGCACCCCCACCCACAACCAAACCCCCUGCAAGCAGGAAAACCAGACGGAGAAGGGGGUAGGGUACUUGCUCAGCCCACUUCUUCCUGGGCUAUUUUUCAGCCUCCAGGAGUUUUGACAAAGGAGGAUAGGACUAAAAAAAUAUCAUCCCCACCCACAGUCUGGAGUGCUAAAGUCUAUUUGUGGGGUGGGCCGUUGAUUUGAUUGAUUGAUUAAUUUGAUUUCUAUACCGCCCUUCCAAAAAUGGCUCAGGGUGGUUUACACAUAGAAAUAAUAAAUAAAUAAGAUGGAUCCCUGUCCCCAAAAGGCUCACAAUCUAAAAAAGAUUGCGGGAUCUAUCCCUCACCCCUUUAAAAUGUGGAGGUUGAAGUAACAGCAAACAGGUACAAAGUGGGGCGGAGGGUGCGAAACACAGAACCCAGAGAGGAUGUUGCUGCUCUCCACUGCAGGGUAGGGAUGUGUGAACCGGUUCGAAUUCGAACCAGGGUGGUUCGAAGGUUCGAAUUCGAACCAAACCAGGGGGUGGUUCGAUUCGAACUGGUUCGGACAUCAAAAAAUUGGUAGGAUGGUAGCUGACACCCAGGGAUACCUGCCACCCAAACCCCAAAGCAAUCGGACCCUCGUACGAUUUUUUAUGAAUCGUAUGAAUUCAAACCGAACCAGGGGGAGGUUCAAGCAAAACCAAAACUGAACCACCCCCUCCUGGUUCGAACCUGGUUCGAAUUUGAACCAAACCGGGCAAACCGGUUUUGUGCACAUCCCUACUGCAGGGAUGGGCAACGUCGGCUCUCCGGCUGUCCAACUACAACUCCCAUCAUCCACAGCCACCCAGGCCUUUGGUUGGGAACCCCACCCACUCCACUGCACUCCAUCAGCCCUGCACUGGGGUGAUUUGCUGACGCAAGUACCAAAGUGACCCCUAAGUGGCGACAGGUCAGAAUCGAAUACCAGCCCGCAGCGCUCCCCCAAAACCCAGCCAAAAGCCAGCCCCCCAGAUAUGGCUCUUCUUCCUUGGAACGCCACGGCUGACAGCUGAUCCACUAGCAGCCAGCCAGCCAGCCAGGGGACGGAGUUGUUUGUGGCUCGCAGUUCUCAAGGAAGAGCUUGUCUCGGCCUUCGGCGCUCUGGGGCAUUCAGUCCCCCUUCUCCAGGUCAGGGAGACAGAGAUUCUCUGCCCGGAAAUUAGGCUAGGGAGCUGGCCGAGAACUGGAGAAGCUGCGGCCACAGAGCUGCGAGACUGGCACUCAUCCCGGUCCCACUCACCCACCCACCCACCCGCUCCACUUUUGCACUCCGCACCCCCUUUUGCUGCAGAGGGGACCCCCUGCUAGUUAAGACUCACAGACUGGGGGGGGGCGGCUUACUCCUGAGUAAGCGAGGCCCAGUUGCUGGUCCUUUCCUAGAGAGUCUGUCAAGCAAUCCCCUCGCUGUUCCUAGACAACACAAAAUAAAGGCGUCAUUGCCACAUACUGUAGGUGCAAAA